AGUCCGCUUCCUUUUCAGGGCGCCUGUGUGUGAAAGUGUGUUUGUGUGAAUAUGUGUGAGAGUGGGCUGGCGUUCACCGAGAGCAGAAGCAGGUCUCAUUCGCUCUCAUUACACACUGGAUACGAGCAACAACAGCUCCAGACUGCAGUGAGGUUGUCUUUGUUGACGGUGUUUGAGCUGCACCAGUUUCUUGGUUCACGCGCUGGCCUGACUUGUUGUGGCUGAGGCUUUCACAGUGUUCUAAGGCUUUUUUUUUUUAAGGUUCACGCCUCUCCUCUAUUGUCUGUGUGUUGAUGAAACAAGCUGAAUUGAGAGGAAGAGCUUGCAUGGGUUUUUUUGGACUCAACAACUGCUUCUGAUUCCCGACGAAUCAUUUAGGAAAACCAUCCUCUGCACGGUUGCUGUUCCUCGACGAGCACGCGCACACAGGUUCUGGACACACUUGAUGGUGGAUGGUGUAGUUUCAGCGCUGAUGGUGUUUCUCAACCUGCUGAGACACUGAGAGGAUAUUCUCCUUCCCUCUCUCUUCCCUCUUUCCUUUCUUCCGUACACCCGCCUCAAUAUGUCUGCCAUACAGACGAUCUGGCCUCCAGGCACGGAGUGUGUGGCCCGGUACAACUUCACCGGCAUGACUGACCAGGACCUGCCCCUGUGUAAAGGAGACGUUCUGACCAUUAUAGGAGUCACUAAGGACCCGAACUGGUACAAAGCCAAGAACACAGUGGGACGAGAAGGGACCAUCCCAGCAAACUACGUACAGAAGAGAGAAGGGGUGAAGUCCGGCGGGAAGCUCAGCCUCAUGCCAUGGUUCCACGGUAAGAUAACGCGCGAACAGGCCGAGAGACUGCUCCACCCGCCCGAGACGGGGCUGUUCCUGGUGCGUGAGAGCACCAACUACCCCGGAGACUAUACGCUGUGUGUGAGCUCCGAGGGCAAAGUGGAGCACUACCGCAUCAUCUACCACAACGGGAAACUCACCAUCGACGAAGAGGUGUACUUCGAGAACCUCAUGCAGCUCGUCGAGCACUACACAAAAGAUGCGGACGGGCUUUGCACCAAACUCAUCAAACCCAAGCUCAUGGAGGGAACCGUGGCAGCGCAGGAUGAGUUCUCCAGAAGUGGCUGGGCUCUAAACCUCAAGGAACUGAAACUCAUUCAGACAAUUGGAAAGGGUGAAUUUGGAGAUGUCAUGGUUGGCGAUUACCGAGGCACGAAGGUAGCUGUGAAGUGCAUCAAGCAUGACGCCACAGCACAAGCCUUCAUCGCAGAAGCCUCGGUCAUGACGCAAAUGCGACACAAUAACCUGGUGCAGCUGUUGGGAGUGAUCGUGGAGGAGAAAGGCAGCUUGUUCAUCGUAACAGAGUACAUGGCUAAGGGAAGCCUGGUAGACUAUCUCCGCUCCAGAGGACGCUCCGUUAUCGGAGGAGAGUGUUUGAUCAAGUUCACUGUGGAUGUGUGUGAGGCCAUGGCCUAUCUGGAGGCUAACAACUUCGUCCACAGAGAUCUGGCAGCUCGGAACGUUUUAGUCUCGGAGGACAACAUCGCUAAAGUCAGUGAUUUCGGUUUGACCAAGGAGGCAUCGUCCACUCAGGACACGGCGAAGCUGCCCAUCAAAUGGACGUCUCCUGAAGCCCUGAGAGAAAAGAAAUUCUCCACUAAGUCAGAUGUAUGGAGUUAUGGAAUAUUGCUCUGGGAGAUCUACUCCUUUGGCCGUGUACCGUACCCAAGAAUUCCUCUGAAAGACGUGGUGCCACGUGUGGAAAAGGGUUAUAAGAUGGACGCCCCAGACGGCUGCCCCCCCGCCGUGUACGACGUCAUGAAGCAGUGCUGGACUUUGGAGCCGGCGAUGCGGCCCAGCUUCAAAGCGCUGAGAGAGAACCUGCAGCUCAUCCUAGAUAAAGAGCUCUACCUGUGAGAGCCAGGACGCGGAGACGGACUAACUCUGAGUGAGAGAGCGAGGGCACGGAGGGCUGUACCGAACUGAACACAAACACACACACUCUCAGAACAGCACUCCGUCAUCACACACUUGAAAAAGAAGAGAAAUUAUAUAAUAAGUAUGGCCAAUUUGUUUUACCGAUCCCCGAUUUGUUUUUUUGUUUUUUUCUUUUUGUUCCUUUUCUUUUGCUGUGCCUUCAUGAUUUGUUUUAUAGAAUCAGAGAGGCUGGCCUUCUCUUGUUCAUUUGUCUUUAAAAUAAUAAUAAUAAUAAUAAUAAUAAUAAUAAUUUAACUGUCUCCAGCCUCUUAUGACCGACCUGUUUGUCUUUUAUCAUUCAUUCACCGUCUUGCCGUCUUCUCCUCACUUUGCUAAGUCACGCUCCCACAGCGCAGGUUCCUCUUUAAGCCGCAUGUUCACGUGACCGUGGGUCUGUGUGGAUGUGCAAGCGUUGGUCUGUGGGCUCUCCUCUGUGGACGCUGUGUUUCCCCGGAGCACUGGACUCUCUUCCCUGUUACUGAGCUGUUGCUGUUAAAAAAAUGUUUAGUUUUUAUUAUUCAGUGAUCACGUUUUUUUUUAAUGUCUUUCAUUUGGUUGGAAAAAAAAAAGGGUCUCAUUCUUAACCCUGGGAAAGCCUCAACUUGAAACGUGUGAAUUCACAAAGGGGGAGGGAUUUGCUGAUUUACAUUUUUGAUCCAUAUGGGGGGGAUUUUGUAUGUAAACUGUAAGAAGACAAUGGAGAAAGGAAAUAUAAAGUUGAAAAUAUAACGUUGUCUGACUGUAUAA